AUGCAGUUCGGGCGAAAGCACGUGGAAUUCAGUAUCGGGAAAUACAUGUUCUUGAAGGUGUCUCCUAUGCAUGGUGUGAUGCGGUUUGGCAAGAAGGGCAAAUUGGCCCCUCGGUAUAUGGGACCCUUUGAGAUUAUUGACAGAAUUGGAGAGGUGGCAUACAAGCUGGACUUGCCGCCGAAUUUCUCGCACGUGCAUCCGGUAUUCCACAUAUCGAUGUUAAGGAAGUACAUUUUGGACCCUUCGCAUGUGUUGCAACCUCAAUAUAUGGAAGUAAGCGAAGAUCUGACUUACGAGGAGCAGCCAGUCAUGAUCAUGGAUACUCAAGUUCGCCAACUGCGCUCUAAGGUUAUUCCGAUAGUUAAGGUGUUGUGGCGAAUCAUUCGUCUGAAAAAUGUACCUGGGAGACCGAGCUGGAAAUGA